UGUUGUGGCGGUGCCUUCCGGUACUUACUGUCAAAAUGGCUCGUCUGCUAAUGUUCAAAAUUGUCGUUUCGGCCGUUUUAUUCUUUGUAUGCACGAAUUUUGUAUGUUGUAAUAACGGUCGAAGGGUUGGUGAUGCUUUAGACACCGAGUUAAGUGGUUUUUCUGUGCCUCUUGAACACUCAUUUGAAGUCGACGAUGUAGCAAAAUUUCAAGUUCGUGGAGCACUGGUGUUAAAAGCUGGGAGAGAGCCAGGUGUCUCACUAACUCAGAACCAGCUAACAGAUGAAGACAGAACCAAACUUAAGGAAGUGGCUGCAGUCGACGGUCUCUACAGAAUCAGAGUGCCGCGGAUUUUUCUCCAAGCAGACAGACAGACAGAGUGGCAGAUGGACGGAUACCUCACGACAUUUGUCAGAGCCUGCGCCAUGGUUGAGUCCCACCUGAGUGACAUAAUCACGCUUCACACUGACGUCUCUGGAUACCUCAUCGGGGUCUCCAUAGUAACAUUACCUGGAGCCUGCAGGGGCGUUGAAGUUGAGGAUGAAGUUGACCUUGAGGUUUUCAACACCACUCUCAGCAUCAUGGCUCCUGUCAGUGCACCUGGACCUGAGACGGCUUUUUUCCUUGAGCGAAUGGAACAAGAAUCUGAGAAGAAAGGGAAGAAUCCACAAGAGCAGAAAUCAUUCUUCGCUAAAUAUUGGUAUUUGAUUCUGGGAGGUGCAAUCUUCCUCAUGGUCACCAAUUCAGCACAGCCCCCAGCAGGGGGAGGCAGAGAGCAGAGCUGAUGCCCACUGAAUGGAUGUACAUUGUGCCUCUUGUUCUCUUCUUGAUGAUGUCUGGUGCUCAGGACCAAUCAGGAGGAGGAGCUGGUGGCGGAGCAGCCAAUGGAGGUGGCCGAUGAUCAACAGUUUUGUUUAUUAUUAACUUAAUUCUCUUAGACAGUUUUCAACUGCUGUACAUAAUGCUAUUUAAGGAAAAUAAAUAUCUGUGACAGCUUGAACCUGUACAGUGUAGAGGAGAUUGUGACCUGCUGAUGACUGCAUUUUUAAUACUAAUGUGAAAAAUAAAGUAUUUAUUACUUGG